AGAGUAGUGGUGGUGAGGAGGAGGGGUUUGGGUUGGACCAAAACGACGUCGUUUUGGCCAGGCAGUUUGAAAAAGAAAAAGGCCCAGCUCAAGCGCGCAGCAGGCUCCAUGGCAUAUCGUCGAGCACCUUGCGUGCAUCUUGGGGUCAUCUUGCAGCUAGUCAUGCGGUCUACUCAGACCUCCACAGGCUGUCCACAGCCAUAUUUCCGGCCAUUUCAUGGGAUCGUGCGACCCCUCUUGUCCCUUAAUCCGUCCGCCACUGAUCCUAAUGGCAAGGACGAGCAGAACAAGCCCUUUACUAGAAAAAAAAGACUGCAAGUCUUCCAGUCAAAUCUUCCACUCCAAUCCAAAUACCAAGUAAAGAUUAGUGUCUGCUCUCUAGAGAGAGAGCAGAAAUUAAAGCAGGGAAGGGAAGGGAAGAGAACGAUUGGGUCAGUGGGAUCAUGGGAAGAGACGGUGAGAAAGGCAGAGAAGCUGGUGAAGGAAGCCAUGAAAGACAAUGAUGCAUCCCACGACGCAGCUCACGUCUGGAGGGUCAGAGACCUCGCUCUCUCUCUUGCCCGUGAAGAACAAGGCCUCUCCCUCCCCUCCUCCAAUUCCAACACCAUGCAAAUUGUCGAACUUGCUGCACUUCUCCAUGAUAUAGGUGAUUAUAAGUAUUUGAGAGAUCCCUCAGAGGAAAAAAUGGUUGAAAACUUUCUUGAUGAGGAGGGCAUAGAAGAGAGUUCCAAAAUGAAGAUUUUAAGGAUCAUUAAGGGAAUGGGUUUCAAAGAUGAGCUUGCAGGGUCAGCAAAUAAUGAUCUUCCUCCAGAAUUUGGGGUUGUACAAGAUGCUGACCGUCUCGAUGCAAUUGGUGCUAUUGGAAUUGCUCGUUGCUUUACUUUUGGUGGAAGUAGAAACAGAGUGCUACAUGAUCCUAACAUUCAGCCACGAUCUGAUUUAUCCAGGGAAAAGUACAUGAAAAAAGAUGAGCAGACUACUGUGAAUCACUUUCAUGAGAAGCUUCUUAAGCUAAAGUCAUUGAUGAAAACAAAGGCUGGGCAAAAGAGAGCUGAGAGAAGGCACAAGUUCAUGGAGGAGUUUCUUGUGGAGUUCUAUGAAGAGUGGGAUGGGAGAGCUUGAAUGAGGUGAGUUUACUUAAUUUGAUUUAUCUCAUAUAAGUCAGAUGUAACUCUGUCGCACUGCAAAAUAAGGAAACAGAAUUAUAGCAUACAUGAUGCUAACGAUGUUGAAUUUUCUGAUUAUGUUUGAACUUAUUGAUUUUGCUCCUGGAGCCAGCUUCAAGAUGCGGGAUAUAAUAUUCAAAACCUAUUGCUUGAAUUUAUGCAACUGUAUUACAAAA